AUGUGGUUGACCCCGGUAAUCCUGCGGCACCUUCUCAGUCGAGUCUGCACUGCAUAUAUCCUUCACUUGACCGUGGCUGGCCCCGCACACUACAGUCACUCACUUCACUCGCCAGGAGCCAUGGCCUUGGCUAGGGAGCGCCUCCUAGCCAGCCUAUCGGCUCUUGCGCUGAUGAUCGCCGCCUGGGCCUCUCCGGUUGCCGGUGGUCACCCGGCGGACCAGCUGCAGAUACUGUGGGGGCAGACGAAGGUGCUCAGCGACGGCAACGGCGACCAGACCAUCGCGCUGAUGCUGGACCACGCCAUGGGGUCGGCUUUCAAGUCCAAGACCUCCUACCUCUUUGCCCGGAUCGACGUGGACAUCAAGCUCAUCCCCAGGAACUCCGCCGGCACCGUCACCACCAUAUAUAUGAUCUCGGAGAAGGACUGGAAGACCCACGACGAGAUCGACCUCGAGUUCCUGGGCAACGCCACCGGCCAGCCCUACACCCUGCACACCAACAUCUUCGCCAACGGCGAGGGCGGCAGGGAGGUGCAGUACCGCCUCUGGUUCGACCCCACCAAGGACUUCCACACCUACUCCAUCGUCUGGAACACAGACGAGAUCCUGAUCCUGGUGGACGGCGUGCCGAUCCGGCAGUUCAAGAACCACUGGGACGCCGGGGUGCCCUUCCCGGUGUACCAGCCGAUGCGGCUGUUCGGGUGCCUGUGGGACGCAGACGACUGGGCCACGCAGGGCGGGCGCGUCAAGACCGACUGGUCGCAGGCGCCGUUCGUCGCCUACUUCCGGAACUACACCGCCUCCGGGUGCGCCCCGAGCGCCGGCGGCUCGUGGGCUUGCGGCCCGGACCCCUCCGGCUCCGGCGGCAGCAGCGGCUGGAUGGACCGGGCACGGGGAGGAGGGCGGCUGGACGACGACGUGAAGCAGCAGCAGCAGCUGAGGGAGGUGCAGGGCAAGUACAUGAUCUACAACUACUGCACCGACGAAAAGAGGUUCCCCAAUGGCUUCCCGAAGGAGUGUGGGCUCGCUUAG